CUUUUGAAACUGAGAGAGAGAGAGAGAGAGAGAGAAAGUAACAGUAACUAUUUUCUUGAGAGAGAGACAGAGAAGAAGGUUGGUGUUGGUGUUGGUGGCGAUUUGAUCUAAGACGCCGAGAGUGUGUGGAGGCAUCUCUCUCUUCUGUGGCAUUGCUGGCUUUGUUUGAUACGGCGGCGAAGUUUCCUCUUUCUUCUUAGAUUGUCUCGUCGCUUUUUAGAGAUUGUUAAAGCCCCAGAGAGCUUCUUCGUUUCUUGUUAAAGCCCCAGAGAGCUUUUUCGUUUCUGUUGGUUUAUUAAACGUCGUCGUUCGUCUCUGCUCUGCUUAGAAUUCAAGGAUGGAGUGGGCUGCUUGUCUUGAUGAGUAUGAGAAACUCGUUUUCCGGAUGAACACUCCUAGGGUCGUGAUUGACAAUGCCGUCUGCUCCAAUGCGACUUUAGUCAAGGUCGAUAGUGCUAGAAGGCAUGGAAUUCUUCUCGAAGCUGUUCAGGUCCUCACGGACCUAAACCUCACCAUUAAAAAGGCUUAUAUUUCUUCUGAUGGACGGUGGUUCAUGGAUGUUUUUCAUGUUACUGAUCAAAACGGGAACAAAUUAACGGACGAGAGCGUUAUCAACUAUAUUGAGCAGUCACUUGGAACAAUUCACUUUGGGACCUCCAGCUGCUCUAACGGCCUGACAGCCCUGGAGCUGACAGGAACGGACCGUGUUGGUCUUCUUUCUGAGGUAUUUGCAGUGCUGGCCGAGCUGCAAUGCAAUGUGGUUGAGUCUAAGGUCUGGACACACAAUGGCAGAAUUGCUUCACUGAUUUAUGUCAAGGACUGUGGUUCGGGUUGUCCAAUUGAAGACUCGCAGAAAAUUGAUACAAUUGAAGCGCGGUUGAGGACUGUUCUCAAGGGAGACAAUGAUAUUCGGAGUGCCAAAACUUCAGUUUCCAUGGCUGUCACACACACAGAAAGAAGACUCCAUCAAAUGAUGUUUGCAGAUCGCGAUUACGAGAGGAAGCCCAUCCUGCAGCUUUGCACUGAUUCUCCAAUCGUAACAGUGCAGAAUUGGGCUGAAAGGAGUUAUUCUGUAGUGAACAUUCAGUGCAAGGACCGGGCAAAGCUUUUGUUUGAUGUUGUUUGCACAAUGACAGAUAUGGACUAUGUGGUUUUUCAUGCCACUAUUAAAACAGCAGGGGAUAGAGCACACAUGGAAUUUUACAUUAGGCAUACUGAUGGGACCCCAAUUAGUUCUGAACCGGAACGACAUCGUGUAAUCCAAUGCUUGCAAGCUGCCAUUGAAAGAAGAGCAUCUGAGGGUGUGAGACUUGAAUUGUGCACUGAGGAUAGACCUGGUCUUCUAGCAAAAGUCACUAGAACAUUCCGAGAGGCCGGUCUCAAUGUGACAAGGGCCGAGAUCUCCACCUCGACAGACAAGGCUCAGAACGUUUUCUAUGUCACCGAUGCAAUUGGAAACCCUGCUGAUCGAGAAACCAUCGAUGCAGUGAGGCAGAGAGUAGGGUUAAGUGACUUGAAAGUAAAGGAACUGCCAUUGAUCUGCCAUUCCAAAGGUGAAAGAGAAGAGCAGGCAGUUGGGGUUGGUGGGACAGUGUUGCUAUCACUUGGGAGCUUAGUGAGAAGGAAUCUGUACAAUUUGGGACUCAUCAGGUCUUUUUCUUGAGGAUGUUGUGGAAGAAUUGCUUAUUCACUAGCUGGCAUGUGGCAAUGGAUGGUGUAUUAUUCUUUGCUUGGGGUUCUGGCAUUGUACAUAAAGAGAAAAGGAAGAAGGGAGGUGGGAAUUUGGUAAUAGUAGUUGCUGUUAUAGGUGGGUUUGGUUUGGUUGGAGGAAUUUGAUAGAGAUUGGAGGAGGGCCACUCCAUUUUAAAUGCUUAUGUUUGAAACUUAGUAGAGGGAAAGAACAGAUGGGAAUGUAAAAAAGAGGAGUUGGGUGGUAGACUGGUAGUGAAUUAUUGGUUUAUUGCUGGAAGGAAAAGAAGAGAAUGUUAGGUAAAAGAGAAAUAGGAGUUUAAGCACCACAGCUAGAUUUGUACAUAUAGCAACUCUCUUGUUUAAGGCAUUAUUAUCAGUAUUAAUGGUUGACUUGAUAUUUU